GCAGAGCCUGAAGACGCCGCCUCGGUCGCGGACCCCGGGGGUCCCGCAGCGCCCCGGACUUGGGCUGAGCCAUUGCUCCCGCGCGCCGGGCUGCAGGGAAGCGCUUCUUCCCCCUGUUCGGCACUGGUGUUCUUUGGCUGCUCUGUAAACAUGUCCACAGACCUUCUAUGGUGUGAGGACUGUGGCAAAAACCUUAUAGGAGAAUGCAAACUCCAUGGACCACUCAUCAGGGUUAAAGACAGGGUUAUUCCUAGCCGUGCCCGCCUUACCCUACCUCACUACCUCACUUUACAAGUGCUGGAGCUGCGAGCUGAGAACCAACAGAUCCUGGGAGUGUUUGCUAAGAAAGUCAUACAGAAGAGAACACAAUUUGGUCCAUAUGUUGGCAAACUGUCUACAAAACUGACCCACUAUGAUGACAGCAGGCUAGUUCUGCAGGUAUUGAAAGAUGGAGGAAAGUACUUUCUGGACACUCCCAAUGAAGACUGUGGAAACUGGAUGAUGUUUGUUCGGUUGGCUCGGAACCAAGAAGAACAGACUCUCGUAGCCUACCAGCACCGUGGAGAAGUCUACUUCACAACCAUUAAGCCAAUUGAACCCCAUACAGAAUUAAAAGUGUGGUAUGCAGCAGAUUAUGCCAAAUUUAUGGAAGCUUCUGCAGUUGUCAUUAAAGAAGAAUCUGAUAUCUAUACUUUACCACCAGUUUCAACAAUAAGAGAUUCUGCAGACCCUUGGAUAUGCUCCAGUUGUAGUCACGUUUUUGGGACUUUUGCUCUGUUGGAAUCUCACCAGUGCAUCAAUAAAGACCGAGCCCUUACUCCCAGCUUCAGACCACCAAAUAAGUUGGGACCUGUAAAAACCAAGAGCAAGCCCAAAGAGAAACUGAGAGGAACUGCCUUGGGCAAAAGCACUGUCCAGUGCUACGGGGCCAUUUCCUGUUCCCCUGGUGCAAAGCUUAGCUGCACCAGCUCAGGAAGUAUUUGCAAUCCCAUUGCAAGGUUUGUGCCGAAAUGGAGAAGUGGCCAGUCUUCACUGAUGAAGGGAAGAGAAAUGAAGCAGCCAGACAGUUUCCACUGCCAACUCUGUGGAAAGAGAUUUGAUUCAGUUGAAAAGCUCACAAUCCACACUUACAACCACACAGGGGAGCGUCCCUACAAGUGUACACAUCAAGGAUGCACAAAAGCUUUCCUUUCCAAAUAUAAACUAAUAAGGCACUCAGCCACCCACUCUCCACAGAAAUCUCACCAAUGUGGUUACUGUGAAAAGACCUUUCACAGAAAAGACCAUUUGAAAAAUCACCUUCAGACUCAUGACCCCAACAAAAUGGCCUUCAGGUGUGAAGAGUGUGGAAAGAAAUACAAUACUAAGCUGGGUUACAAGCGACACCAGGCUCUUCAUGCAGCCACCAAUGGGGAUCUUACCUGCAGGGUGUGCUCCCAAGACUUUGGAGGAACUGAACUAUUGUUGGAACAUCUCAAAACUCAUGCAGGGAAGCCAGCCAGCAGCACCAAGGAAAAGAAACAUAAGUGCGAUCACUGUGAGCGCCGUUUCUACACUCGUAAAGAUGUGCGGCGUCACAUGGUUGUUCACACAGGCUGCAAGGACUUCUUGUGCCAGUUUUGUGCUCAGAGGUUUGGGCGCAAGGACCAUUUGACUCGCCACACCAAGAAGACCCAUCCACAAGAGCUGCUGAAGAGCAGGUUGCAGAAUGGUGACUUGCUGGGUCUCUUUGACCCUCUUUCCCCAUUCAGACUAAAGGAAGAAGACAGUGAACUCCCCUCUUUUCCUGAUAGGGUUUCAACACAACAUGGGAUUCUGAGCAGUUCAGAAGCAGGCUACAGUAGUCCACAUACUCACUGUCAACAAGCCCUACAAAGUACACAUUCCCUUGAAUGUCCUCCUCACAUGCCAAGAAUGGGCUGUGUAGAUGCCCUGUCAGCUGUUCAUUCCACACCCUCUCCACCGUCUGUUCCUACCAGCCAGAACUUUCAUCAGCCCAAUAAAUAUGAACCAAGUUCUACCUCAUUCACAUCAGUACCCCUCAAGAAUCUACCCAGCAAAGUGGAUGUUAAAAAUUAUAGUGUGAACCUGCUUGAAGAUCUCCCUUUACCAGAACCUCAUUCACCUCACAAAAUCAAUUUAGAGACUUCCUCAGGGCCCCUCGGUGAUGUUGGCAAGUACACACUGCCCAAGGAGACUGAGACAACCAUUGAAACAAUGAACAUGUCCUCCAUGGAUCUCACUCAUAUACUGGGUUUCUGGCAACUCCCUCCAAGUGAUAACCAGAAUACUAGUGGGGACCUUACAGUGGCAUUUGGUCAGGAGGAACCACCACAUAGGUGCUGCCUUGGACAACUACAAGGUCCUCAGAUAGCUACAGAUGGUGCAGCUCUCAAUCAGCUUCCUCAUGUCCUUCGCUCUUUUCCAUCCAGCACAAAUUCUGUGACAUUGCCUCAUUUUCACCAUGCAUUCAAAUAACUACCAGCUAUUAUUAAGACUCCUUUUUUUGCCUUAACUUUUUAGGGAGAGAAAAAAAUCUUUUAAAAAUCCAUUAAAAACAAUUUGGGAAUAAUCCUGACAGAAGCUUAUUUUGCGUGAUACUUACUCAUUUUAUAGUGUAUGACAAUAGCAAGAAUGGCAUGUUUUUCCUCUCCAUACCCUAUGUUUUUACAUUUAAACCAAAUAGCUGAAUAAGUGAUCUUCAAUGGAAAAACAACUAGUUUCAUGAUAAGCACAAGAAAUUCUGGCUGCUGUGAUGGGAUGGAUAAUUUAACCUUAAUGAGUCAUGAAGAUGUUGCACAGAUAACUUCAGAAUUGGGAGACAUGUUAAAUUCUACAUCAGAACAUGUAUAAUUUUGGAGGGUCAAGCUUCUUCCAUGUCUUAAGCUGUGCAAUGCUUGGAAUGCAGAUGGAACAGCUUCCUAGGAUCUUCAGGAGUGAUGUUAUAGAAGUAAAGCCAUACCAAGUCCUUGGUGACCUGCCACUUUACUUUCUG